CAACACCUCAGUCUCCCUCCCCCUUCCCCCACGCCCCCCAGCCAAGGCGCAUGCAGCGCUCGCAUAAUGCGCCAUGGCGGAGACUCUCAGCAGUAACGCGAUCAACUAUCUCGUAUGGCGAUAUCUUCAAGAAGCCGGAUUUGGUAAUGCCGCCCUCCACCUGUCGCGAUGCUGGCUCAGAGACCCGGACACGCUUCCAUUUGCUGCCAACAUCGAGCCCCACGCCCUCGUCCGCCUCGUCCAGGAUGGCUUGUGCUUCGAUCAGCUGCGCGCAGAGGCCUGCAACACGGAACCGCGAUACAGGUUUGGCUCCGACCACGGCCGCCCCUACACGCGCAACGGCAGCCUACUGACCCUCGACAAGGGCAUUCCCGCCCACGAACUCGCGACCGAGGCCAACGGCGCCGUCCAGGAGCCCCCGCCCAAGAAGACGCUCAAGCGCAAAAAGGCAAAGCCCGCCAAUGGCGUCGACACGCGCCCAGAGCCCCAGCCCAACGGCGAUGCCAUGGACAUUGAGCACAACGGCGUGCCCCAUCACGUCCCAAACAGCCUGAGGGCAGACUCUGAGCCCGUCGUGUCCGAGGCCGAGUCGCUUACUGUCGCAGAGAUACCGCUAUCCACACUCAGCAUCGGCCAGGACGCCGAGAUUCAGACAGAUGCCAUCGCCGUCGCAGAUUUGACCCCCGGCACCGUUUUUGUUCCCCGCCACACCAACCCUGACAAACUUGUCCAGCACACGCUAUGGGGCCCAAUCGAGUCGCCCGUUUUGCUUGCUGCCGGAAAGUCGCUCCUCCAGGUCCACGUUGUUAGCAAGCCUGCCAGCAACGAGCAGCCCCCGCCUAUUCACACUCUCGACAUGUCCCUGCCAGUCCAAAAUUUUGACGUGACUGCGCUGUGCUGGCAUUCCGAGCAUGAGCUGACCGUUUCUGCGCGCGAGCAGUGUGUCAAUGAAGUGGGCGAGAAGAUGAUGAUGGAUAAGCUCAUCAAGUUGACCGAAGGUGGCACCACCUCCAAUGUCAUCUCCUCAACCGCCGGUCUCAUUAAUACGCUUCGCUGGAACCCCAAGUGCAAGCUUCUAUUAUCCAUUUCCACAGACGGGGAAAAGGGAUCCAUCAAAGUGUGGAAGAAUGACAGCGAUUCCAUCCCAGCGUGGACCGAGUUCACCGACACAGCCAUUCUAGAUGCUCAAUGGAUUAGCGACUCGGCCUUUGUCGUUUGUGGCAUCAAGCUGUUCAAGAUAUACGAAGUCACCGACGCUCUGACGACCCAGAGGACAUUGGACACUCACAUACAAUGGGAAACCGUCAAGCACGACCCAGCAUCUGGUAUCAUAGCCGUGCUCGGAAUCGAAGACCAGAAGAAUUACCUGGGUAUCUUUCACCCCAAUGACUCGAUCCAGCUGCAAACCCACGAAUACCCAGACGAAUACGCUACCGAUCUUGCGUUCCGCCCGAGUCCCCCCACCAAGCAACUGACCAAUGGUUCCGCUCUGCCCUCGGUGUUGCUUGCAACAAGCUCCAUGUCCGGCGCAGCACGGAUAUGGGAUGCAAACGACCCAUUCAAAUGCGUCAAAUCUCUUCCCACCACGGAUGGUACCCAGGCCUUCAAGAUUGCCUUUUCACCGGAUGGGGUGUUGUUGGCUGCAGCAGGCCCCGAUGCGGUCACUGUAUGGGAUGCAGAAAAAAGGGACGUCCCAGUAGCAACAUGGCGGGCUGGUGAGUGGCCAAGUGACAAAUGGAACCCUGGAAUCGAUGGCGAGUUCAGUCUCGGUUGGGACCCAGACAGCUCUCGGCUAUCAAUCGCUCUUGGAAACCAGGUAGUCUUACCUACCGAUGCACGAACUGCACCCACUGCAUCCCUCCACGGUGCACAAACUUUAGUCUGCGGGGAAAGUAUUCCCGCAUUGUCGCAGAGUAUCGGCGCCGUUGCGCGUAGAAGAAUCAGAACCAUUUACCGGGCUUGCUACGGAGACAUCACUACGUGGUCCCGAAAUCACGAGAAGCCCAUAGCGGGGCCGCAGUCAGCCAGCCGCGGCGCCACAAGCAUGAGAACUGCAGUCCGCCACUCAAAAAGCGCUACCGUUUCCGUCUUUCUUUCAUCCAUCCUUUAUGCGAUCCAUGUCUUCGAUAUACCUUCUAAUUAUGAGCUACCGAAGAUGCAACUCAAUGGUCAAGUAAAUGGCGUCACUGCACAAACACCUUUCAAGCUCUACGAUGCACCCGUCGAGAACUUGCGUCGAUUAAAGGUCAUCGUCAUUGGUGCAGGUUACUCGGGCAUCUAUUGCGGAAUUCGCAUACCUGAGAGAUUGAGAAACGUUGAAUUGGUGAUUUACGAGAAAAAUGCUGGGGUUGGGGGAACUUGGUAUGAAAACAGAUACCUGGGCUGCGCUUGCGAUAUACCUUCGCAUUCAUACCAGUAUUCUUUCCAGCCAAACCCCAAUUGGUCAUCCUUGUAUGCGCCAGCAGCAGAGAUUCAAUCCUAUCUCCAAGAUGUAGCGCAAAAAUAUUCUGCGGAUCGUUUCAUCAAGCUGCGCCAUCAGGUUGAGGGUUGUCACUGGGAUGACAAGACGGCCAAAUGGAAUGUCACAGUAAAGAACCUGGUGACAGAAGAGAUCAUCCAUGAUCAGGCAGAUGUGGUGAUUUCUGCAAGGGGCAACUUGAAUACGCCAUCUUGGCCAGAUAUUGAUGGUCUAAAGACUUUCAAAGGUGAAGUCAUGCACUCCGCGGCGUGGAAAGAAGAUUAUGAAUUUGAAAAUAAGCGGGUUGGAGUAAUCGGCUCAGGCUCAUCCUCCAUCCAGAUUGUACCCAGUCUUCAGCGUCUGCCAGGCACACACGUCAGCACAUUUGUGCGCAGUAAGACAUGGAUCUCCCCACCUUUCGGCUACUCACUCUGGGACAAGUAUGGCUUUCAAGGGACGACUAUUCCCAAAGAGCUUCGCGAUCGCUUUGCCAAUGAUCCAGAAUACUAUCACGAGUUCAGGCUCGCAGUUGAAGAAGAUGGAAACGGGAUCCAUGCCUUUACCCAGAAAGGAACGCCUCUUCAAUCGGGCGCUAAGGAGAUGUUCCAUCAAAACAUGAAGGAGAGGCUGAAGAGCCACCCUGAAAUCUUUGAGGCGCUUUUGCCUUCGUUCGCGCCUGGGUGCCGCCGCCUGACGCCUGGCCCGGGAUAUCUCGAAGCCCUAACGCAGCCAAACAUUGAUUUUAUCACGUCCCCUAUAACUCGCAUUUCAGAAUCUGCCAUUCACACUGCUGACGGCAAGGUGCAUGAGAUUGAUGCUCUUGUAUGCGCCACUGGCUUUGUAUCUUCUGCACCACCCCCAUUCCCACUCACCGGUAGUAAUGGGCUUACCCUGACAGAAAAGUGGAAAGAUCGCGCUGUAACAUAUCUUUCGCAUUCAGUCGCUGGAUUUCCAAACCUCUUCAGCAUGCUUGGCCCUAAUUCGGCCGUUGGGACCGGUAGCCUGACAAUGAUGAUAGAGACCAUGGGCGAUUAUAUCAUAAAAGCCAUUCGCAAGAUUCAGAAAGACAACAUCGCGUCCAUGGUUGCUAAAGAGGCACGAGAAAAGGACUUUGUCGAGUACGUCGACGCGUACUUUGAGAAGACAGUCUUUGUCGACGAGUGCAGGAGUUGGUACAAGAACAAGGGUACUGGGGAGAUCGUGGGCCUCUGGCCAGGAAGCACGUUACACUGCAUCGAGGCGAUGCAGAGUCCGCGAUGGGAAGACUUUGACUAUAUCUAUCUGGCCGAGCUUGAGGACCAUGACACUGAUAACAAAUUGAAAGGCGUAGGUAGAUAUUCGAACAGAUUGGCCUGGCUAGGCAAUGGUAUGAGUAUCAGGGAACAAAAAGAGCAGGAUCUGGCCUGGUACUUGUAUCCGGAAUUCGUGAACAAGCCUGCUGCACCGUACCCGGAGAAGAACAAGAUCUAUGACAUACGUCCGUUUUCGUGUUAGGCGAAGUGGAUAUUUUUAUAGUUGAUGUAGUCUGCAGCAAGCGUUUAACCAUAAGAAAAAAGAAUGUGUGUGG